AUGACUCGUGGAAAGGACAGUUCGCCCUUUAGCAGCAUUUGUUACGGAACUUUCAACGCCAGCUCCGCAGAGGUCAACGUUAAAACGUCAGAGUCGGCAACACACAGACGUACAGUAUGGGGCUGCCAGAUUGAAUCCGCUGCAACACUGUGCAACGAAAUCUUACCAGAGCCACAGACAACGAAGAUGAAGAAUGCGAGCAACCAUGGUCCAACGGGGUACUUUUCCGAACUUACGGUGGUCUUGGGAACGUUUCCUCGUAGUACCACGUUUUUACUGGCUUUCUCGUUGGCCAUCCGCAUUCUUUGGCUGUUGACCAUGGUGAAAGCCUGUGUGGUUUAAUUGGGUUGGCGAAC